AUGAAUUUGAGUGCAUCUAAAAAGAAAAGGACGAAUGAGACCCUAGAAAGUGGAAUUGGCUCCACAAAUUCUCAUGGUAAGAGCAUUCAUCAAACCACAAUGGUAGAGUUGGCUGCUAAACAAGACAAUAAGUUAUUAGAAAAGAUGAUAGGAGAAUUUUUUGUUAAGAAUAACAUUUCUUUCAAUGUUAUUCAGACAGAAUCUUUUAUUCAAAUGAUGAAAGGUGCUUAUGCCUAUGGUCAGGAUUUUGUUAUUCCUAGUUACUCUACUCUUCGUACCCGUUUGAUUCCUGAAGCUAAGGUAGAGAUCAUGGAAUAUGUGAGCAACAUAAAAUCAACAUGGGGUGGCACAGGUUGCACAAUAAUGUCUGAUUCUUGGACUGACCUAAAGAAGAGGUCUUGGGUUAAUGUGAUAGCUUAUUCUCCUGGUGGGGCUGUAUUCCUGGAGUGUAUUGAAUGUGGUUCAAAUAAUAUUACUACUGGAUAUCUUUUUAGAGAAAUAUCUAAUGUUAUUAAAAUGCUUGGACCACAACAUGUUGUGCAAUUUGUUUCAGAUAAUGGUGCUAACUAUAAUUGUUGUGGUGAUAUGUUGAUUGGAAAAUGGUCUCACAUGUAUCGGACAAAUUGUAUUGCACAUGGGAUUAAUUUGCUUUUAAAGGAUAUCCAUAAACAUGUUAGAUGGGUGAGGAAAAUUAUUGAUGAUGGUAAACAUGUAGUGGAUUAUAUGCACAGGCACACAGCUAUUAUAGCCUUAAUGAGGGAAUUCACAAAUGACAAAGAGAUUAAGCAGCCUUGCAAGACAAGGUUUGCUACUAAUUUUUUAAUGCUCCAAUCUCUUAUUGUAGUUGAGAAUGAGUUAAAGCUACUGGUUGCAUCAUCUGAAUGGAGAGGCUUCCAUUGCAAUAGAGUUGAAAUAGCAUUAAAGACUGUCAAGAUAAUUCAAUCUGAUAUAUUCUGGGAAGAGGCAAAGGAGGUUAUUGCUUUUAUAGAUCCUCUCAUUAGGAUUCUUCGCCUUGUUGAUUCAGAUGGUUCCACUGCAUGUUACUUGUAUGAAGCAACUGUUAGGGCAAAAGAAAAAUUAAGGAAGUUAAAGGAGAGUGAUGGAUUUUAA